AUGACUGGCGACGGUCCCAUUUGGCGGGGGAAAGACUUCUGCCGGAACUACUGCAAGCCUACUGCACCCUGCUCAGACUCCCGUUUGGUGGUGUGCCAUUGUGCAUCCCCCCUCUUCACCUCUCACUGGGCCGCCUCCCUCCCACACACUCCCGUCACCGUGAUCCACUCGCUCAAGAGAGGCCUCGAGUCUGAGAGGCGGGCAGUGUUUUGGGUCCUCUUCACUGCCAACCACAUUGCCGUUCCUCCUCUGUAUCUUACGUACCUAUGGAUCCAACCCGGUGUAGUUAGUGGUCCAGCGCCAGCCGCAAGGUACUCUGCCUCCCACCUGGCAGGCUUGGGCAGAAAACAGAAACAAGACCAGGAAGGCUUGCGUUUGAAAGCUGGGCUGUUUAAAAGAAAUAACCUCCUCGCAUCCCCCCUUCGUGGCACUCCCUUCACUCGUUCUGCCCCCUAUAACCCCUUAGGUGCUACACAGGAACUCUCCUUUCUGCGCUCCGACACUCAAGCACCCAAAACACCCAAACUAUCCUCUACUCACCCGGUCAUCCGAAGUAGUGUAGCUCAGGUUGAGCUUAGCUCGGGCUCAUCGAUCCACGCCAAAACGCUGCAUCGAACAAAUAUCCACGACCCCCCGACCGCGUUACGACACACACCUCAUUUCAACCCUCCCGCUGUCACAUUUCUCCGCGUCCCAUCCCUUUCCGGUCGGUACCUGAGCCAUUCUCCAUCUCGCACUAGUCCGAUUUGCCUUGCUUGCCUUCGCUGCCCGCCGAAGCCUAGUUCAGCCGCUCCAAGCGAGAUUUCGACUCUCAGAAAAGGACGAGACCUCGCCCAGAUUCCCAUUCCCCUGAACAAACCGCUACCCCCUCCAGGAGCUUCUCCCUCGCCUGCUCCCUAUUACGGCGGUGCUGCCUACAACAACAUUCCCUCAACCAGUUCAACACCCGCUCCUCCCUACAGCUCAAUAACGCCUGCGCCCGGCGCCAGCCAACCACCACCACCGCGCGCCAACACUGUAUCCCCCUUCGAAAGCGUCUUUGACGAUCAUGUCUAUCCCGUAGACUCAACACAGGACGGAUUUCGCCACAACGGAAACACACAGAGCCCUCAUCCCCAGAGCACGAACAACAUGCAACCCCAGCGCAUGAACACGAUGAAUACAGUAAACACCGCCUACUCGGGCCACGGCCAGACGGCCUACAACAGCCACGAUCCCCACCAGCAGAAUCCUUAUGCUCAGCCGGACACUGCCUACUAUGGUCAUUCCACUUCUCCAGACUCGAGCAGACAAAAUGUGGCCGACGAGAUUCCCUUGCAAAGCCGGCAGCCGACGCAGCCGCACAAGGAUGUGGAGAUGAACGAGAAUGACCAUGUCUACGACGCACCUGCGGGAUCUCGCCGCUCAAAGAGUCGCCGCGACAAGAACAAGGUUGGAUUUGGUCAGCUGGGCAUGUUUGGCGCCGACAGAAAGGGUAUUCCAUGGGUCGUUUACAUUUUCACGUUGGUUCAGGUUGCAGUGUUCAUCGCUGAGAUUGUGAAGAACGCUCAACUCACCGGUUCUCCCAUCAUGACCAAGCCCUCAUUCAACCCCAUGAUUGGACCUUCCACCUACGUUAUGAUCAACAUGGGUGCUCGCUACGUAGCUUGCAUGCACAACGUCAAGGGUAUCCAGGAUCUCGGCCAGCCCAUCACAUGGCCUUGCCCGAACUCGACCUCGAGCGACGCCAGCAACCCCUCGAACCAGUGCGGCCUCGGCGAUUUAUGCGGCUUCGGAGGUGUGCCGGAGCCUACCUACACCGACAUCAACCAGUCACCGGAACCCAACCAGUGGUUCCGCUUCAUCACACCCAUUUUCCUGCACGCAGGUCUCAUCCAUAUCGGCUUCAACCUGCUUCUGCAAAUGACGAUAGGAAAGGAGAUGGAGAUAGCCAUCGGCUCGAUUCGCUUCUUCUUGGUCUAUGUGAGCGCAGGCAUAUUCGGCAACGUCAUGGGAGCAAACUACGCCGGUGUUAUGGCUGCAUCUACAGGUGCUUCAGGUGCCCUUUUCGGCGUCAUCGCUCUCACCCUGCUCGAUCUCCUGUACUCCUGGAAGGACCGCCGCAGCCCUGUGAAAGACCUGAUGUUCAUCAUGUUGGAUGUAGUCAUCUCUUUCGUACUGGGUCUGCUGCCAGGACUCGACAACUUUGCCCAUAUCGGUGGCUUCCUAAUGGGUCUUGCGCUGGGCAUCUGCGUCUUGCAUUCGCCCAAUUCCUUGAGACGGAGACUUGGCGCUGAGGAUCCAUCAUACGCAUCCAUGCAUCUCACUCCCAACCAGGGUGGCCCACCGCCGUUCUUGAAGAACCCCAUCGGUUUCUUCAAGGGCAGGAAGCCACUCUGGUGGGCAUGGUGGUUGGUCAGAGCCGGCUUCUUGCUGACGGUCAUCAUUGUCUUCAUCGUCCUACUCAAUAACUUCUACAUCUACCACAACACUUGCAGUUGGUGCAAGUACCUCAGUUGUAUUCCUGUAAACAACUGGAGAAACGACCCAAUUAAUGCCACGAGAGUUUGCAUUGCACUGGUUUCUGGACUUUGGCAAGGGUGGUUCAUGAUUUGCAUUGCUCAGCGACGGCGUCCCGGGUUCUCUCUAUUCGCUGCCGCUGACCGACCAACCGUCUCGGCAUCACGCAGUCGCAUCGUCCUCGGACGCCCCUGGUUUACCCCGCACAUAUCAUUCGAUGGGCUGCACGAGGUUGCCAUGGUCGCGCCCACAGACGCAUUACCAAGAUGCCCCGUUACGUCGCCUUACGUCAGAUGCUGUCCUGCCACGCCAAAGCAGAUGUUUCGGAAGUUGAUUGAGACUACCAGUCAUUUCUGGAAGCAUGUUGUCCUGUAUAGAAGCUUCCAACAUCUUGUAGUUGUAGACAUAUUGAUAUCCAAAUAUACCUUAGCCUCAUCUAGUAAAUACCAAGAGUUGGUUUUGCGACGAGUCAUCUAUCACUAUUGUCUCUCGGCGUACCUGAACUUGAGUGGGGAUAAUCUGGGAAGUACCCGCUCUCCUGCACCUCCCGUCUUUGGCGUCAACGUCGCGUCUCAGACCCAGAGGAAUCCAAGUGCACCUGCCUUAGUCAUCAGCUCGCGCCUUCCAUCAGCCACUUUAGAGUGGGUCAAGUCACGUCGACGUCAAUCACGUCAAGCGCGUCUUCGCGUUAAUGGGUUUCUGAAAGUUCCAUCCCAUAGCAACAACCUAACGACCCCCCAAAUCCACCCGACUAUGAGCCAGAUCACCACAAUGGCUACAGUGCUGCCUCAAAAGCGUGUGCUCGGGGAGACACCAAGCACCCGCCGCAACAUCCCGUCGACACCGUCAUCCCUCAAGAAGCGCAAAGUCGAAGGGUUCUCGUCCUCACCCGCCCGCCAUGUCGGUUCCCAGAAGAAUGCGAAGAACCUUCCGGGCUCUAGUCAACCUAAGAGUGCCUUCGAAUCAGAAGUUCUCGAGAAGUUGAGCCAGGAUAUCUCUGAACGCAAGCAGAACAAUACCGAAAAGGAUCAAUCAUGGGACCGACCUCCGCUUGUCGACUUCAACCCGGCCAGGGACAACCUGACCUUCCAGCAAAUCGAGGCCGAGGAGGGCAGUUUACACGGCGGUCGAGCAACGGUCAAGCUGUUUGGUGUUACCGAGCAAGGCCACUCAGUGAUGUUGCACGUCACCGACUUCAAACACUACCUCUACGUCGCUGCCCCGGUGGCGUUCCGACCCGAAGACUGCAAUGCUUUCAAGGCCUAUCUCGAGUCACAAGUAGCACAGCACCAGCCAUGUAUUCACUCAGUAUCUUUCCUGAUGAGGGAAAAUAUUUAUGGUUUCCAAGGAAAUGUUAAAAGCCCCUACCUCAAGGUCACUGUCAUGGACCCCAAGUUCAUCGCAAGAGUUCGGACAACGAUCGAGUCGGGCAAUGCCAACUGGAAGGGUCUGUGGAAGGGCAUGGAUGGCGGCAUCAUGACAUUUGACAACAUUCAAUACGUCCUACGUUUCAUGGUCGACUGCAAGAUUUUCGGAAUGUCUUGGGUUGAAGCCCCCGCAUCAAAAUACCAGGUCCUGCACCAGUCUCAACGACAAUCGAACUGCCAAAUCGAAGCCGAGAUCAAUUACCUCGACCUUAUUGCUCACAAGCCGGUUGGGGAGUGGUCCAAGAUGGCUCCUCUGAGAAUCAUGUCGUUCGAUAUUGAGUGCGCUGGACGUAAGGGCAUCUUCCCAGAGGCGACACACGACCCCGUCAUCCAGAUUGCAAACGUGGUGACAAGAUACGGAGAAAAGAAGCCCUUCGUGCGGAACGUGUUCUGCUUAGACACAACCAGUCCUAUCGUCGCCACACAGAUUCUCGAGUUCGAGAAGGAGGAGAAGAUGCUCAGCGAGUGGCAGAAGUUCCUCAUCAAAGUCGACCCAGAUAUCAUCAUCGGAUACAACAUUGCCAACUUUGAUUUCCCAUACCUUCUCGACAGGGCAAAGGCAUUGAAGGUUGGAGGAUUCGAGUACUGGUCUCGAAUUCCUAGCAUCCCUUCCAGAGCCAAGGAGACGAAUUUCUCCAGUAAGCAGAUGGGUAAUCGCGACAGCAAGGCCACCAAUACCAAUGGACGGUUGCAACUCGACUUACUGCAGCUUGUCCAGCGCGACCACCACCUUCGAAGUUACACGCUCAACUCUGUGUGCUCCCAAUUUUUGGGAGAGCAAAAGGAAGAUGUUCACUACACCAUGAUCACAGAGUUGUUCAACGGUACCCCUGAAUCGCGCCGCCGUCUCGCUCUUUACUGUCUGAAGGACGCAUACCUCCCGCAGCGGCUCAUGGACAAGCUAUCUUGCCUCGAAAACUACACUGAGAUGGCCAGAGUCACUGGUAUCCCGUUCAACUUUUUGCUCUCCAGAGGACAGCAGGUGAAAUUCAUCAGUCAGCUUUUCCGGAAGGCCCUAGAACAGAAGCUGGUCAUUCCAAAUAUGAGAUCUGAGGGUAGCGAUGAGCAGUAUGAAGGUGCCACAGUCAUCGAGCCGACCCGAGGAUACUACGACGUACCUAUCGCAACCCUCGAUUUCGCUUCACUGUACCCGAGUAUCAUGCAGGCCCACAACCUAUGCUAUACGACACUGGUCAACAAGAAGGCCAUCGAGAAGUUCGAUCUGAAGAAGGACGAUGAUUACAUCGUCACCCCGAACGGCGACACCUUUGUUACCACCAAACAACGGAAGGGUCUCCUUGCUCAGAUUCUCGAGGAACUCUUGACCGCAAGAAAGCAGGCCAAGCGUGAACUGGCUGGGGAAACGGAUCCUUUCAAGAAAGCAGUGUUGAACGGUCGACAACUGGCUUUGAAGAUCAGUGCAAACUCCGUCUACGGACUCACGGGUGCGACAACCGGCAAGCUGCCUUGUCUCGAAAUCGCCAGUAGCACAACAGCCUUUGGCCGACAGAUGAUUAUGAAGACCAAGGAGGAAGUUGAGAAGAAGUACUGCAUUGCCAAUGGAUACACCCACGACGCUCAGGUCAUUUAUGGUGACACUGACUCUGUCAUGGUCAAGUUUGGCACCAAGGACCUUCCCGAGGCCAUGAAGUUUGGCGAAGAAGCUGCUAGUUUUGUCUCUUCCAAGUUCGUCAAGCCGAUCAAAUUGGAGUUCGAAAAGGUAUACUACCCAUACCUGCUCAUCAACAAGAAGCGAUACGCCGGCCUGUACUGGACGAAUCCCAACAAGUACGACAAGAUGGAUACGAAGGGUAUCGAGACGGUUCGACGAGACAACUGCCUGCUCGUACAAACCGUGAUUGAGAAGGUGCUUCGAAUGAUGCUCAUCGACCAAGAUGUCCAGGGAGCGCAAGAUUAUGUCAAAGACACGAUUGCGGACUUGUUGCAAAACAAGGUUGAUAUGUCAAAGUUGGUCAUUACGAAGGCGCUCACCAAAGACGACUACGCAGCCAAACAGGCUCACGUCGAGCUCGCUCAGAGAAUGAAGAAGCGCGAUGCAGGCUCGGCACCAGGUCUAGGUGAUCGAGUUGCCUAUGUGAUGAUCAAGGGUGCGGCAGGUGCAAAGAACUACGAGAAGUCUGAGGAUCCCAUCUACGUCCUUGAAAACAACGUGCCGAUCGACACCCGAUACUACCUUGAUAACCAGCUUGCGAAGCCUUUGGGCAGAAUCUUCGAGCCCAUUCUGGGUGAGACCAAGGCGAACUCGCUGCUCACGGGAGCGCAUACGCGCACGAUUGCAGUGUCGGCGCCGGCCGUCGGAGGCCUGAUGAAGUUUGCAAAGAAGACGCAAACAUGCAUGGGAUGCAAGAAACCACUCCGAGGCAAGGAGGAGAGCGCGGGGGCAGUGUGCUCGGAUUGCGCGCCUCGGGUCGGCGAAUUGUACAAGAAGACACUGGACAAGACGUCGGAUCUCGAGGUGCGAUUCGGCCGGCUCUGGACGCAGUGCCAGCGGUGUCAGGGCAGCAUGCACUGCGAAGUGAUUUGCAGUAGCAAGGACUGCCCCAUCUUCUACAUGCGUAUGAAGGCGAAGAAGGACUUGGAAGACGCAGGGAAGGAGCUGAAGAGGUUCGACUUUGACCAGGCUGCAAUCUGGUAG